CGCUUAAGUAGCUCAGAACUUUUUGCAGGGCGUGCAGGAUUUUUUGUGUUCGAUGGCUCCAAAAGUUUUGCCAUUCCGAAGCGGUUGGUAGGGGUCUGAUCAUUUAUCUGAUCGAUCUUAUCUAAAGCCUGUAAUUUUCCUCACUUGUGAGCACAACUCAUCGCGCUUGCUUUUCGUGUACCAUUUCCUGAUUUUCGCUGUCGUGCAUCAUUAUUGGUGAAUUUUAGCCAUGACUACCGAAACCUCGAGUUCCUCAUGUGUUUCUGUCCAGGGAAUGCGCAAAAAUGGCAAACAAUGGCACGAAAACAAGAAAGCCUUUAGACCAACAGCAGGGUUAACCUCUUAUGAGCAACGCGCCGAAAAACGAAAAGCUCUUGAGGCUAUGAAGGCCAAGGAGAAGGAAAUGAAGGAAGAGAAGGAGGCAAGCAGACAACGCUGGAUACAAGGUAUCAAAGAUCGAAGAGCGGCUAAGGCUGAAAAAGAGCGGUACGAGAAGUUGGCCGAGAAGAUGCAUCGGAAACGGGUCGAGCGACUGCGGCGACGAGAGAAGAAAAACAAGAUGAUAAAGUCGGGCAAAUGAAAGAAACGGUAUUUCAAUGAUACAAGGAAGGCACACCGCAACGACUACUAUCGGUGCUCCAACUGAAUCCGCCGAAGUCUAUGGACUUCUCGACGAAAACUCACGACGUGAUAAAGGACGAGCAGGCCAAGAACCGGCAUUAUAUUAAACCCCUGCAAACUACUACAGAAUAAAAGUUUGUCUGGGAGUUAAACCGAUACGAGCGCAGAUAUCUGGCUAAUUGCUAGGAGAGAGAGCAGUACGGCAUGAACUUUGUGUAGGAAUAGCAUACGAGCACCGGAGGAUACAGAAGCGAUCACCCUCAUUUCAAAGGAGAGUGAAUAUUUAGUAAAAAAAGGUGAAUUUCACAGCAAUUCAAUUCACUCGAUCA